CAUGCCUGCACUUUAAAGUAGAAAAGACAAAAAUGUUAUACAGCUGUUCAGUUUCUUGCAAGGGUCUGAAUCAGUGGUGUUGCUUUGUUAUCUAACAGUGGUUGCUUUGCAGUUAAAGAUGCUUGCUGAGUCAUUUCUCUUCCAUAGGUUUCUGGGGCCUUGUCAAUAAUGCAGGAAUAUCAACAUUUGGCGAGACAGGGUGGCUGCCUAUGGAGACAUAUGAAAAAUUUGCAGAUGUGAAUAUCCUUGGGAGCAUCAGGACAACUCUGGCAUUUCUCCCCCUUCUAAGGAAAUACAAGGGACGUAUUGUUUUCAUGUCCAGCAUCAUUGCCUAUUUUACUCUGGGAAAUGGCAUUUAUUCUAUGACCAAGGCAGCUAUUGAAAAAUUUUGUGAUGCUUUAAGACUGGAAAUGAAGAAGUUUGGUGUCCAGGUCUGUAUUAUCCAGCCAGGAAAUUAUGCACGCUCUACAAAAAUUCAGCCACCACUCAGUGCCGAAGAGAUCUGGAGUGAACUGAGUGAAGAGGAAAAGGCUGUUUACAACAAGGAGUACGUUCAAGAGCGAGCAAACUUUUUCAACAGCAUCCUCAGUGAGGGCAGUACUAAUGGCAGUGAGGUUGUAGAUGCUAUGGUGGAUGCUCUGACAUCUCCUGCACCCAAGGCACGUUACAUGGUGGCAAAGCUGAAGGAGAAGGCCCUGGUGUUUGUGUGUGCUUUGUUCCCGACUGUUGUGAUGGAUUCUGUUCUGUCUUAUGCUCUGAGCAAAGUAAAACUUGCAUAGCCUACAGUGGUGCUAUUCACUGACUCAGGUGAGGCAGUUUAUAAAAUGUGAAAGAGCUGACUUUAAUGCCCCCAUGUGUAACCAAUACAAACUUUGGAGAGCAUUCCUAGUCAGAGCUGUCACUGAUUGCUAGGGAGAACAUACAGCACCUUGUGUAAAAUGAAAUAAUUUAAGUAACUUUAUCUCUCCCGUGUGGAAAAACCCCAUUUACUUAAGCUGCUUUAGUUAUUGCCUGGAAAAUUUAAUACAUCUUUUUCUAAAGUGAUAGCAGGUUAUUGUGUUACAGACAUCAUGCAGACAAAAUGGAGCAUGUGCUGCAGGGCAGCUGUAUGACCUGAAAUCAUUGCAGCAGAGAUGAAAAGCCCUUAGCUGCAGAAACCUGAGUAGCCAGUUAUGUAGGGGUGAUAGGAAGAGGUUAAUGGAAAAGUCACAGAAAUGAGCAUUGGACCUUGAAAUACUUUGAAUGGAGUUAAAUGGCUGUAGCAAGUUAGGAAGUCUUGAAGCUCUGAGCAACCUGGUUUAGGGAAAGGUGUCCCUGCCCACAACAGGGGGGCUGG